UGAAGAUGAAAAUAUUGCCCUCAUAACCAAAAGGUUCACCAGAAUGCUAAAGAGAGGGCAGACCUUUCAAAAGAAAACUUCUCAAAAACCAUCUGAAAACACUAAAGACCAGGUUUGUCAUAAAUGUGGGAGCCCAGAUCACUUCAUCAAAUUCUGUCCACUUUGGGCUUUAGAGCAGAAAAAGGCAAACUUUGAGAAGGUCAAAGACAUCAAGAAUGAUAAGUACAUUCCCACAAACAGAAGAAUGACCAAUCAAGAAGCGGAUCUUUCAACGAGAAGAGCCUUUGCCGCUAUGGGGGACUUAUCUGAAGAAGAAUUUGAGGAUGGAGGGUUCGAAAAUCAGUCACUACUUGCAAUAGAACAAUCAAAUAAAUAUGAUUUUCUUGCACUCAUUGCUGAAACAGAUUCUGAAGAUGAUGAAGAAGAUGACAAACAAAGCAAGGUAAGUUUUCAUCACAUCAAAGUAAAUAUUGAAUCAUAUUCUAAAAAGGAACUAGAGUCUUUAUUGAGUACUCUUAUAGAUGCAUAUCAGUCUGUCAAUUCUGAAAGAGAACAAGUGAUGGAAAACUAUGCAUCUUUAAGAGAAGUCAAUGACAAUCUUGAGAAACACAAUCACUUUCUUCAAAAUAAAUUAAAAGAACAGAUUAAAAUCUCAGAGUUAAGUCACAAGGGCAAAAACUCUGCUAGUGAACUUCAAUUAGCUCUAGAAGAAAAAAUAAAAUUGUUAACCAUAAAAUAUCAAGCUUUAACAGAAAGGAAUAGGUUGUUACAAGAAAAUCUUGAUCAUACCAAACUGGAUCUGGAAAGAAAUCUUAGAUGGACCAGGUCCUCUGAAAUUUUAACUCAGAUUCAAGAAAAGCAAACCACUAGUCGAAGUGGGAUAGGUUUUAAAAAACAGAAUAAUCUUGUGUCACACACUAUUCACAUGUCUAAAAGUUUAUGCACUCAUUGUGGAAACUCAGGUCAUUUAAAGAAUCAAUGUAAAGCUUUAUUUGAGGCUUUUCAGAAAAAUGUUAAGUUCACCAAAAAGGAAAAGACUGAUACGGCUAAGAACCUGGUUCGAAAUAAAAAUGCUCCAAAUAAAAGGUUUUCUUAUUUGCCUUUAUGGGCUAGAAGAAAUCUUAUUCAUCCUUUUACUCACAUAAAGGGGCCCAAGCUAAUCUGGGUUCCCAAGACUAAUCUUUGACUAGUGUUUCAGGUGAAGGUGAGAGGGAAAAGGCCAACUUGGUACAUGAAUAGUGCAUGCUCCAAACAUGUGCUAAAAAUGGUAGAAAAUUUCCUCUCGCUCUUUGACUUUCAAGGAGACAGUUUAUUCCUUGAAAAGGAUGAGAAAAAAAAAA